AUGUCCAGCCUCCCCUCUGUAGCCGACGUCGAGGUCGACCACAACGGCAAAAGCCUCUGGCCUAACAUACUCAGCGCAGAACGGGCCGCUCUGAAAGUGGCACCCACGAAACCUGACGCAAAGUACAACGACUCGCUCAUUGGCAUUCGCGUUCUGGGAUUCUUGGUGCAAGAUCUGUGGCAACAUAGCCAGCACUCCUUUGGCGUCAUUCCAUACAAGGAAAUCAUCAAGCAGAUCGCCUCCUGCCUGUCGAUUCCCGGGCACACCGUCGGUAGCGAGGAAGAGGCUGAAGCGCAGCAUGAGAAGCUUCAGGCCUUGGGAUUGUACUAUCGUAAUCACAUCAUCCGCGUAUUUCGUUCGAAUGGAGGCCCGAAUCCCAGACGCUCCGAGCAACCUUCCCGCCCAUCCCUGGACGUUGUUCGAGACAGGAUAAUACGCGAGAAGCGGACCCUAACAACAGCGGGCAGCGCUCGUACGAAUGCACUCCUACGUGAUGGGUACCGCUGUAUGCUUACUGGGCAAUACGAUAUCGAUUCAGCCGAUAUUCACCCCGAGCUGAACGAUCGUCCGCCGCUGACGGACGGUGAGCAGAAGACCGACUACGCUGCCAGCGCGGCGGCAAUUCUCCGAGUGUUUGGGCUCAAUAGCAAGGCCGAGGGCCUUGUGUGCGGCAAUGUUCACAAACAUUUCGACAUCCUCACGAUGCGGAGUGAUCUACACUACCUUUUCGACCACCUAGAAUUUUGGUUAGAAGAAGUGAUCGGGGAGGCGAGCAAACUCUCCUCGGCGCAUUCUUAA